AUGAUUGACGGUGAAGUCCCGCAAGAUGCGACCGGUGCACCCGGCCAGCUGUCACCAUCCGCGACCGCGACCGUUACGACCUCGGUUGACAGUGUUUCCCACGUGCCCCGGCUACCGAAUUUUUGGACUUACUCCCCGCACGAGUGGUUCCUACACGCUGAUGCCGUGUUUUCAAACCAAAGAAUUCGCGCCGACACUCCGCGCGUGAACCACGUGCUCGCAGCCUUGAACGAGGAGGCGGUCAAGGCUGUAAGCGACCUGAUCGGCCCCAGCACGUCCUACGCCAGUCUAAAAGACCGCCUCAUCAACACGUUUUCAGUGCAGCCGUCAACUCGUUUUCGCACCAUUGUCGAACCGGGCGGAAUGGGCGAUCGGAGACCCUCCCAAAUGCUCCGAGGCAUGAGAGCGGUGCUUCCUAAUUCGUUAGACGACACCGCGCUUAAGCAAUUUUGGCUACAGAAGUUACCGUCAAAAUUCCGUGCAAUAGUCUCCGGCCUCGACGGGACGUUGACCGAUAUCGCCGAACGCGCAGAUCGCGUUUUGGAGGCCAGUACCUCGCGCGAUGUUUUCGCGGUGCAAUCGAGCAGCUCGGACGACCGUCUCCGCGCCAUGGAGGCCGCCAUUCUCUCGUUGACUACACAAAUCUCCAACCUGAUCACCGCACAGCAGUCUCGUAAUAAUUCCGGGUACGGUCGCAAUCGGAGCCGUUCGAAAUCGCGCUCGCAAAACAACCCGAAAUGGUGCAGCUAUCAUAAUCAAUACGGCGCCGACGCUAGGCACUGCAAGUCGCCGUGUUCUUUUAAGUCGGAAAACUAG